AUGGCGGCCUCCAUUGGCGCGGUUGCCUGUAGGGCUCUGCACAGCCGCCGCCACGGGAAGUUGCUGUCUAUAGGUCGGGGGCUCUUCAGUGGGGCGCGGUGCCUUGUCGCGGAGGGGGAGACGCACUUCGGGUUCCAGAAUGUGUCGGAUACGGAGAAAGGGGAGAAAGUUUACCAUGUAUUUGAAAGUGUGGCCAAGAAGUAUGAUAUAAUGAAUGAUUCAAUGAGUCUGGGGGUUCAUCGGCUCUGGAAAGAUAUCCUGCUGCAUCAAAUGAACCCUUACCCAGGAACUCAGCUGUUAGAUGUUGCUGGAGGGACAGGUGACAUCGCCUUUCGGUUUAUCAAUUAUGUUCGUUCCCAGUGGGAGCACCAGAUCAAACAGAAACUGAAAUCCCAUCAGAAUUUAUCAUGGCAGGAAAUCUCUAAGAGUUACCAGGAAGAGGAACUUAAAUUGCCAGGAGGUUCCCAAGUGGUGGUCUGUGACAUUAAUAAGGAAAUGCUAAAGGUUGGAAAGCAGAAAGCACAACAUCUUGGCUACUCUGAAGGCUUGUCCUGGGUGGUUGGGAAUGCUGAAGAGCUGCCCUUCAAUGACAACAAGUUUGAUGUUUACACAAUUGCCUUUGGAAUACGGAAUGUAACUCAUAUUGACCAGGCACUUCAGGAGGCAUAUCGUGUGCUGAAACCAGGAGGGAGAUUUCUGUGUCUGGAAUUUAGUCAAGUCAACAACCCCCUUAUUUCCAGGCUCUAUGACUUGUACAGUUUCCAGGUUAUCCCUGUUCUGGGUGAGAUUAUUGCUGGAGAUUGGAAGUCCUACCAGUACCUUGUGGAAAGCAUCCGACGCUUUCCAGCCCAGGAAGAAUUCAAGGCAAUGGUUGAAGAGGCAGGUUUUCUGAAGGUGGAAUAUCGAAAUCUAACAUCAGGCAUUGUAGCCAUUCACUCAGGUUUCAAACUGUGACCCUCCUACUUUGCAAGCUCUUGAAGGAUAAAGGGUAUUUCCCCUGAGGAAGCUAAAAGCUUUGCAACUCCAAAAACUUCACUGCCAAGACAGACUGAGGGGAGGGGAAGACCUGGUGUCUCUGCAGAAUCUAAAGCUUCAGAUUUUGGGUUUCUGAAAAGUUGAAAUUAUGUUCUUACAACCAGACCAGGACCUGGAAUCCCUCUGCCAAUUAGGUAUUUAUGUAAGUAUGGGUAAAGUGAUUCCUUGAUGCCUGGCAUGUGCUUACUCUCAACUGAUUACCACUUUCCCAAAACCUCACAGACCGUGACUUUUGUAUUGAACUUGGUUAGUACAUAUAUUUAUCUUCUAAAGUACAGUGUGAGGAUAUGGCAAAAAUCACACUUAAGACUUAUCUAAGCUUGACAGCAUAUACUCCAUACACCAGUAAUAGAACGGAUUGAAGGUAGACAUGGACCAACUAGCCUUCAAACAAGGUAUCACCCUAUAUUGUAUUGAAGUAAUGACUCUAGUUCAAGGUGGGUAUGGAAAUGUAGGCAACACCUAAAAUUACAAAUGUGUGUGACAUGUAGGGUUUUGUGUAUUUAUUUUAAAGAUCUUAUUAAAUUUUAUA